CUUUGUGAGGACCAACUCCAUUGGUCCUGAAGUGAAAACAAGCUACACCAUUGCUGCAAAGCGCUUGACGCACAGUGCUAGAACUUAACUAUAAACAAUGUGAAAAACAAGAGAGAUAAAGAAUUAUUUACAUUCUUCUCCAGCUCUUUCCCAGGCUUCUGCCUGGCUAGAAUCUCUCGUUUCUCUCUUUGACUGAAUCUGAGACCCACAAGGUGCCUCCAUGGCGUUCUGGAACUCCAUGGGUGAGCACCGCGGCCAUCAGUUACCUGGGCAUGGAAUGUUGCCACCGGUUGCCAGGGGCACUCCUGGUUCCAAGGUUCUGUUGGCACGGAGUCUGUUGAGCCAGUUGAGGGAUUCUCUGCUGCGCAGCAGACGCAGAGCAUCCUUCUUCUCCAUCCCGCGAGGGAAUAAAGAGCGAUUUGGUGACUUUUGCAGGCCAAACUCUGGACUGACCGUACAGGUGAGUGCAGACGAUUCGUGGAAAGGCUUCUGAUGCUGAGGGGCUGGGCUGGGCUGCAGGAUGGGCUGCAGGUGGGCUCAAGUACCAGAGUCAUGGACUUUGCCUCUAGCUUUGGACAGGAACUGGAGACUUGGGAAUGGGAGUCUUAGGGCAUGGGAGUGUUCAAGAAAACUGGCAAUCCAAAUGGAUAAUCUCGCCUCUGCUUUUCUAAUAGGUUUGGUGAUCAAUUUUCUGUCAGGCUGAAAAAUCUGCAGUGGGCUGCCUAAAGGAACCGAAGGGAUUGAUCACAUCCCUGACAUUCCUUUUUUGGAGUUUGUCCCACUUAUUUGGUGGUUGCUUUUGAUCACAAAACACCAUGAGCUCACGUCAGCGAAAGCGCCCUGGAGGAGCAGUUGAUUCCAGACCAGCUCGGAAACGGAGCCGGCUGCUGCCCUCCAGCGCAGGUGGAACUUCUCAGACAGAGCCAACAGACCUUGAGGAAAGGGGCACACCUGCUUUUGAGCCUGACGUCAUAGAUCUCACAGGUGAAGACACCAUAGAUCUCACAGGUGAAGACGAAAAUGCCAUAGAUGUCGCAGGGGAAGAAGUCAUACAGCUCAGAUAUGAAGGUGUCAUACAUCUCCCAGGUGAAUCUUCAGAGCCUGAAGUCAUCACUAUCAGUGACGAUGAGUCUUCUAUGGACAGGGAGCAGAGCCAGCAGCAGCUGAAUCUUUCCAGAACAUCAGAUGAGCCACUGGCAAGGGGAGAUGAAGAAGAACCAAGAGACAUUGAUGAUGAUUCUGCUCUCUCUAGGGAUUGGCUACUAUUUGAUUUCGAUCCUCCAUAUUGGUCAGAUGAGGACUCAGAGGACAGGGAGCAGAACCAGCAGUACCCACAUGUUUCCAGUGCAGCAGGGAAUUCAGCUGAUGUACUGGCAAGCAAUGAUGAAGAGGAACCAAGAGAUGUUGAAGGGUAUGCAUGAGAGAAAGUGUCUCUCUAAACUCUAAUUUCUGAUAUAUGGUAAAACUGAUUUUUUUUACCAAGCCUUUGGGUUCUGCUUGAUUCUGUGCCAAAACUUCAGAAUUGGAAUAG